AACGCUCCUUGUCCUCGACCGCGACGCCACCCACAAUUCCGUUGCUUUCCUGAGCGGCCAGGACCUACUCAGGCCGCAGCAAAGUACUAUAAGAGAAAACCAUGAGAUUUGGUCUUCCCAGGUCACCUUCUCCGUCGCCCGUGCGACUCACGCGGCCGCGAUCUUCAUACGCCGUACCCUCUGAUAGUGAUUCUGACGAGGAGGAUGACAUAUCCGAAGAUGCUGCUACUCCAUCAACGUCGGAGCCAGAAACAUCGUCCGACAACGAAGCAACACCUACACGAAAGUCACGAUUUCGACGAACAGCUGCAGAGCAAAGAAACAUAGAAGACACUGUUGCUUCUAUACGCCUACGCACUCGGCAUCACGACCUUUACGAAGAAUGGGAGAAAUCAACGCGGCGAGAUGCUUUUAAAACCGCUCGCAAAGAAGCAGCGGAGGAGAAGGUCGUCGAAGUCCAAGACGAACGCGACACCGCUCUUCUCGCGCAAGUUCACGCCCAGCAGAUGGCCGAGGUCGAAGCGCAACUGAAGAACCUCACCAUGCAGCAGGCCGCCGAACAGGCCAAAUUUGAGCAGUCUUGGCAAGUGCGCGAGAAGUCGCUCUGGGAGCGGAUAGAGGCCGGCAUCAAGGUCGAGCAAGACAAGGAGUUCGCGCGGCUCGAGGCGGAGCGCAAGGUACGGGAGGAAGAAGAGCGCAAGCGGCAGGAGGAGCAGAGGAAGCGUGAUGAGGCGCAGAAGCAGAAAGAGGAGGCGGAGCGGCAGAAGAAGGAGGCAGAGGAGAAGCAAAGGCAGGAGGCGCAGCAGAAGAAGGCGGCGGACGAGGAGCAGAAGCGGAAGGAGGACCAGCAGCGGCAAGCGGACGAGCAGGCGGCACAGGCGAAGAACGAGCAAGCGGAGCAGCGGAAAGCUCUGGGCGAGACGACUGCGAUGGAUGACUGGCGGGCUGCUCGCGAGAACUUGAUGCGCCUCAAGAAGGAAAACACCCGAGUCGUAAAGGGCAACGCGCAGGCUAAAUCUACAUGGGGCAAUCUUCGCCGCCAGGUCGUGCGCAAAAUUGGCCAGGUCACCAACGACGAGUCGGAGAUCACUCGCAUACCACGAAAUCAUCGAUCUCGCAACUCGGCCAGCGGUUCAUCAAUUCUGCUCAACGCCUUCUACUCCUCCAUCGCCAAGGCCGUCCUGCUCCAGGCCGAAACCGAGGUGACCGCCGAGAAAGCGAGCGCGAUGCCCAUCGCGCGCGUCGCGCACCGCCUGCUCGCGACCCUCGACGGCCUUGCGGACGUCUUCUUCGCCAAACUCGUCCAGCGCGUCGGCGGCUGGCCCGUCCCCGCCAUCCCGCCCAAGGCCGACUUCGACGGCCGCGAGUGGAAGGACAGCCACGAGCGCUUCGGCUACCGCGUCAGCCAGGACACGGGCGCGAUGGAGACGACGCCGCAGCAUAUCGAGCGCGUCACGGGGAUCAUGAGGGUUUACUUCCAUAUUUUGGCGACGCCGCCGAGGGACAAGCCCAUUGCGAGCCGGUUCUUCCAGACACCGCGGUAUUGGGUGUGGUUUGCGCGGGUGCUGAAUAGUCGGUCGCUACUGGCGAGUGACGUGUGCAUUUCUUUGGUGCAUGCUGCUUUGGAAAUCUUUGGUGCCGAUGCACGCAAGAUCUGGGGAAAGCAGUGGACCAAAGUCCUCGCCCUCAUCUACGAUUUGGUCAACAAUGGCAUCGGCGAGGGUAAGCCCCUUGGCGGCACCAGCCCCGAGGGAACUGCUGGCAGGUUGCGCAUCAAAUUGGAGAUAGACAAGAUCAUGGGUGUUGGCAACUAGGGCAUCAGCAAUCCUGUCGUUGCGGAAGGCAGUCAUCUCGUCGAGGCGCCCGACGAAUCGCGACCAUUGUGCUCUCGUACUGCUCUCCCAGUUGCUGUACUUCGUCACUAUUGACAUCGAGCUGCGUCUCUAUGAUCUAUCUUACAUGCAUCCUAUCAGCAGCUAUUACCAUCCUUGCCAGAAUCAGGGCAAGUGAAAGACGAUGUUCACGGUGGCGACCGCCUGCAGUCUGCGCC